CGGGGAGCGGGCGAGAAAGAAAAGAGUGAAGACGACCUCCCCCUCUCUCGCCUCCAUGGCUCUCUGCAACCGCGUCCACCCCCGGAUCCGCUCACCCCUCCUGCCCCCGCGCUCCAUCUGCUCCUCGUCCUUUCUCUUUCACGCCCGCCACCUCUCGACCACCGCGAAGCACCCUUGCACUGGCGUCCUCCGGCUCCGCUCCCGCCCCCUCCUCUGCCCCCGCUGCGCCGCCCAACGCCGCCCGACGGAAGCGGCGCAUCGGACGGCCGGGGGGAAGCGCACGGACAUUAAGAAGAUCCUGAUCCUGGGCGCGGGGCCCAUCGUGAUUGGGCAGGCGUGCGAGUUCGACUACUCGGGGACCCAGGCGUGCAAGGCCCUCCGCGACGAGGGCUACAAUGUGGUGCUCGUAAACUCCAACCCGGCCACCAUCAUGACCGACCCGGGCCUCGCCCACCGCACCUACGUGGGCCCCAUGACCCCGGAGCUCGUCGAGCAGGUCCUCGACGCCGAGCGCCCCGACGCCCUCCUCCCCACCAUGGGCGGACAGACCGCCCUCAACCUCGCCGUCUCCCUUGCCGACUCCGGCGCCCUCGCCUACCGCGGUGUCGAGCUCAUCGGCGCCAAGCUCGACGCAAUCCGCGCCGCCGAGGACCGCGACCUUUUCAAGCGCGCCAUGGACCGCAUCGGCCUCAAGACCCCUCCCUCCGGCAUCGCCACUACCAUCGAGGAAUGCUUCGCCAUCGCCGAUAGCAUCGGCUCUUUCCCUUUCAUUAUCCGCCCGGCCUUCACCCUCGGCGGCACCGGCGGCGGCAUCGCCUACAACCUCGACGAGUUCGAGGCCAUCUGCCGCGCCGGCCUUGCCGCCAGCCUCACCUCCCAGGUGCUCGUCGAAAAGUCCCUCCUUGGCUGGAAGGAGUACGAGCUCGAGGUCAUGCGGGACCUUGCCGACAACGUCGUUAUCAUCUGCUCCAUCGAGAACAUCGACCCGAUGGGCGUCCACACCGGGGACUCGAUCACCGUCGCGCCUGCGCAGACGCUCACGGACAAGGAGUACCAGCGGCUGAGGGACUAUGCGGUUGCGAUCAUCCGGGAAAUCGGGGUGGAGUGCGGGGGGUCCAAUGUGCAGUUCGCCGUGAACCCGGAGGACGGGGAGGUGAUGGUCAUCGAGAUGAAUCCUAGGGUGUCGAGGUCGUCGGCUCUUGCCUCGAAGGCGACGGGGUUCCCCAUUGCAAAGAUGGCUGCGAAGCUGUCGGUGGGCUACACGCUCGACCAGAUCCCGAAUGAUAUCACGAAGAAGACCCCGGCUAGUUUCGAGCCUUCCAUAGAUUAUGUAGUGACAAAGAUUCCACGAUUUGCUUUUGAGAAAUUCCCUGGUUCCCAGCCGGUACUGACUACCCAGAUGAAAUCUGUUGGUGAAGCAAUGGCAUUGGGACGGACUUUCCAAGAAUCCUUCCAAAAGGCUGUUCGAUCUUUGGAAUGUGGUUAUGCAGGAUGGGGUUGUGCACCCAUUAAGGAACUUGACUUGGAUUGGGACCAGUUGAAGUACAGCCUACGCGUUCCAAAUCCAGAUCGUAUUCAUGCAAUAUAUGCAACUAUGAAGAAAGGAAUGAAGGUAGAAGAAAUACAUGAGCUGAGCUAUAUUGAUAAGUGGUUUCUUUCUCAACUCAAAGAGCUCGUAGAUGCGGAACAGUUCCUCAUGGCCAGGAAUCUGGAUCAGUUGACAAAAGAUGACUUUUAUGAGGUGAAGAGGAGGGGUUUUAGUGAUAAGCAGAUUGCUUAUGCAACUUCUUCCUCCGAGAGGGAAGUGCGAUCAAAGCGCUUAUCACUAGGUGUGACCCCUGCAUAUAAAAGGGUUGAUACCUGUGCUGCAGAGUUUGAGGCAAACACUCCUUACAUGUACUCAUCAUAUGAUUUUGAAUGUGAAUCAGCCCCCACUCAAAAGAAAAAGGUUCUGAUAUUGGGUGGUGGACCUAACCGAAUUGGUCAGGGUAUAGAGUUUGACUACUGCUGCUGUCAUGCUUCAUUUGCUCUUCAGCAGGAUGGGUAUGAAACAAUUAUGUUGAACUCAAAUCCAGAGACUGUGUCUACAGAUUACGACACCAGCGACCGUUUGUACUUUGAGCCUUUGACGGUUGAGGAUGUGUUGAAUGUGAUUAACUUGGAGCGGCCCAAUGGUAUAAUCAUGCAGUUUGGAGGACAAACCCCUCUAAAGCUUGCUCUCCCAAUACAAAGGUAUCUAGAAGAGCAAAAGUUGGUGUCUGCUAGUGGAAAUGGACAUGUACAGGUAUGGGGAACAUCACCUGAUUCUAUUGAUGCUGCUGAGGACAGAGAGAGAUUUAAUGCAAUUCUUAAGGAGCUUCAGAUCGAGCAACCUAAAGGUGGGAUAGCAAAGAGUGCAUCUGAUGCCAUAACAAUUGCUACAGAAAUAGGCUAUCCUGUUGUGGUCCGGCCUUCUUAUGUCUUGGGUGGACGUGCAAUGGAGAUUGUUUACAGUGAUGAUAAACUUGCCACCUAUCUUGAGAAUGCUGUUGAAGUAGAUCCUGAGCGCCCAGUCCUGAUAGAUAAGUAUCUGUCAGACGCAAUUGAGAUUGAUGUGGAUGCAUUGGCUGACUCAAAUGGGACUGUAGUAAUUGGUGGAAUCAUGGAGCACAUUGAGCAAGCUGGGGUCCACUCUGGCGACUCAGCCUGCUCCCUUCCCACAAAAACUGUGUCAGCUAAUUGCUUGAACACAAUCAGACUGUGGACAGCAAAACUAGCCAAACGACUAAAUGUAUGUGGCCUAAUGAAUUGCCAAUAUGCAAUCACAGCUUCUGGUGAUGUUUACCUUCUUGAGGCAAAUCCUCGUGCUUCCCGCACUGUGCCUUUUGUCUCAAAAGCUAUUGGUCAUCCAUUAGCAAAAUACGCUGCUCUUGUCAUGUCAGGGAAGAGUUUGGAUGAGAUUGGAUUUACAAAUGAGGUGGUCCCAAAGCAUGUUUCAGUCAAGGAGGCUGUGCUCCCAUUUGAGAAAUUCCAAGGUUGCGAUGUUCUUCUUGGACCAGAGAUGCGCAGCACUGGAGAGGUUAUGGGAAUUGACUACGAGUUUUCUGUAGCUUUUGCUAAGGCACAAAUAGCUGCCGGGCAGAAGCUUCCAGUUAGCGGUCAAGUGUUUCUUAGUCUAAAUGACUUGACUAAGCCACAUCUUGCUUCAAUUGCUCUUGGAUUCCAAGAACUAGGUUUUAGAAUAGCUGCAACUUCAGGGACGGCUCGAGUGCUUGAGUUGGAGGGCAUACCGGUGGAGCGUGUCCUGAAAAUGCACGAGGGGCGGCCCCAUGCAGGUGACAUGCUAGCCAAUGGUCAAAUACAGGUUAUGGUGAUAACAAGUUCUGGAGAUGCUCUGGAUUCAAUUGAUGGACGACAGCUGAGAAGGAUGGCACUGGCUUAUAAGAUCCCAAUUAUAACAACGGUUGCUGGAGCAUUAGCUAGUGUGGAAGCUAUCAGGUGUUUGAAGCAUAGCUCUAUGCAGAUGUUAGCUUUGCAGGACUACUUUCAUGCUUCAGAGGAGCAUCAGAACUUGCGGGCAGCAUCUUCUGUUAUGCGAUAAACUGAUGAUCCCUAGUAAGAGGUUUCUCCUUAUCUUUUCACUCUGUUAUAUGAACUGGCUCUCUGUUUUAAGAAGCCUUAUUUAUUAGUGUUUUUGUUGUACUAAUCAGUGGGAGUGUGCAUUUGACGUUCAUAAUUAAAUUGCACUUGCAGAAUUUAAUAUUUUGCUCACUUUCUA